GUGGUGCGUCUGUCUGCUCUCACCCUCAAAUUGUAUCAUAGUUACCCACACCAUAUUAUCGAGUCGAUAAAAACAGGUAUAAUGGCAGACAAACUCUGUGAUGAUAUUUGCAAUUCAGUUUGGGGUAAUUGUGAUCUCUGGGGGAAUACUCCGUUUCUCGACCAGGACCCUCUGUUCCCCGGCUGGGGUAUGUUUGCAUCUAAAUCGUUUGGCGAAAUACAGCGAGCAGUACAUUGUCCUCUGUGUCGACUUGUGGAAAUUUUACUUGUCAGAUCUAAGGAUGCAGAGCUUGUUCUUACCAGCGACAAAGAGAUCUAUUAUAGCUACGCAUUGGAAUCAGAAUACAUGGACUUGACUUGCAAUACACGGCACAGUCAAGAUCUUGAGUCCGAUUCUCUUCGCCAAAUCAAGAGCCUUCUAGUCGGGACUGAUUUCACUCACGCAAAAGAAAAACGUGAAUUUGCUUGGUUUCAUGACAACAGUACAUGGAUAACUGAAACUUGCUUUGGACGCAUUGUCUGUUUGGUAAAUGACUGUUUUGGAGACGUAUGGUAUCAUCACAGAGCUGUCAAUGAAAGGGUCCACAUCCAGCGGACCAAACAGUGGAUAGAAGCUUGUUUUUCUCAUCCAGAGUGCUCUCAGUCUUCCCCUGACCCUGAAAGGCCCAGUCGGCUUUUGAAUGUACACACCGGUAUUAUCGAGGCAGCCCCCCCAGAUUGUCACUAUGUGGCACUCAGCUUUUG